UGAGGGUGUCUGCCUCUCUCCCCCCAGCGUUGUAAUAGUGGUGGCCACAGAGGCCCGGGAGACUCGUGCGCUCGCGCAGACGGAGCCCCUCCCCCGCGGUACUGUAGUAAAUAGAAUAGCAGCUGCUGAACACACGGUUACCCUGUGCUGGGUCAAGGGUGCUGCUGUGUGUCCGAAAGCGGUGGAGUUAGGGGAAGGGGUAAGGCUAGUGUAGCGAAGUGACAUUGUUAGUGGUUGUACUACAGGAAGAGCCUUGCUAAUCCGCUACUCCCCUUCCUACAUCCUGCUUCACAACCUUGUCCCUGGAACGGGAGCUGCUCUACGUAAAGUGAACAUAGUAAGUACAUCAGAUCACAGUAAGUCUCAGUGCCAAGUGUACUCUGAUCUCUUCAGCAGAGAAUUUAUAAUUCGGUUGUCCAGUUUGCUGAAAUAAAUAGAAAAUGGCCAAAGUUGAAAAGUUUGCUCUUCAUGUCCCAAGCCUAGAGGAACUUUCUGGGGUCCUGCGGAAUGGGCUUAAAGAGAACUUUGCUGAUGUCCAGGUCUCUGUAGUAGAAUGUCCUGAUCUGACUCAUGAUCCCUUCAACUUUCCUGUUAAAGGAAUCUGUGGGAAGCCUAGAAUAGCAGAUGUGGGAGGUGUUCCUUACCUUGUGCCUCUUGUACAAAAAGAUAAAGUUUAUGACCUGAACACCGUUGCAAAGCAAAUAGAGUUGCCUGGAGCUUUCAUUCUUGGAGCUGGAGCUGGGUCCUCUAGGAUUCUUGGAGUAAAUGCUGAGCUUAUCCCAGUUGCUCAAGCUGAGAGUGAACAAAAGCCUGCUGUAAAUGCGAGUUACACUGCUCAGAUUAAUCCUGCAGAUGGAGGGUGCCUGCUGGAGAAGUACAGCGACAAAUAUAGUGACUGUGAAUUUGGACUGCUGGCCAACCUGUAUGCCAGUCAGGGCCAACCUGGCAAGGUUAUUGAAGUGAAAGCCAAUGGAAGAACUGGACGGCAUAAUUUUGUGACCUGUAUAAGACAAAUUAUAGAAAAAUGUUAUGGAGAUAAACCAGUUGGGAUAGGAGGUACAUUUGUCAUUCAAAAGGGGAAAGCAAAGAUUCAUAUCAUGCCUCCAGAAUUUUCUGCCUGUCCUUUAAACACUGAUGAGGAAAUGAAUAAUUGGCUCCAUUUUUUUGAAAUGAAGGCUCCAUUGAUUUGUCAGCCAGUACUAAUUUCCAGAGAUCCAUGCCCAGAGAACUCAAGAACCAGGGCCUGUUGUGCUAAGCGCUAUUUGUUUGUACAAAGACUGUCUCUGUCCCAAAGAGCUCACAAUUUGAGAGUGACACAAGAUGCAAAAGAAAGGAGAAACAGACAAAAGGAUGGAGAGUGCAUUUCCCAGUGGGGCCCUGGUGAUGAAGGCUCCUGGGUAGUAUGGGGUUUGAUCUGCGAAUGGAGCACACUCAUUGUUUCAGUCACCAUGGUGAAGGAGGACACUACCAUAAUGACACUACACCAGAUAGUGUGCAGUAUCUGGGAUAUUUUUUGCCUGCAGAAGUUCUCUUUCGUAUUGAUAGACCCAAGGAGUCUCAUAGGGUUGGGAGAGAUUAAACCCAUGGAUGCAAACUUAGUUUGGAGCGUAAGGAUAGCAAUUAAUUUUUAAAAAUGAAAUAUUGGAUUUCAUCAUUAUUUUAAUUGACAUCAAGCACACACAUGAAAAGCUGGCAUUUUAUUGCAGUGUUAGCCUUUUUAAAGAAUGGGAUACGUUCAGAGUUUAGAUUGAAAUUGUUUGAAUUAAAAUAACUAUCACAAAUUAAUUUUUAUCCAAACAUCAAAGUCGAAUAGUUUGUAUUAAUGAUUUAUUUUGUUCCAUUUUGAUUACUUUAGGCAGGCAUUAUUAGGUGAUUUUUCUCUGGCUAUAGAAAGCCAUCACUGAAUUAAUGAGAGCUCCACAUUCUAAAUGGAAGAGGAAAAGAGAUGCCAAUCAAGAAUCAUGUGGUAACAACACUACAAUUCAGACUCUGAUAUUGACAUGACUGUGUGCCAUUCUAGCCAUAUGUGCCCUAGUGGGUUAUAGGUGGGUAAUGGGAUUGGCCACUUAUUUUAAUCAGUGAUUAGAAGAGACUUGUUUGAAAUAAGAGGAAGGCACUUGUAGUUCCACUGAUGUAACUUCUAGCUCAGCAGGACUACAGGGUGAUGCAAUCCUACAUCUACAGGAGUCAAUGGCAAUACCCCAUUGAUUUCACUGAGAGCAUAGAGGACCUACAGGUAUGGAAAUGCAAACUUGUCAAAGAGGGACUUUGCUCAUAGUUAGUUAGCUCAUAAGCACCAGUAACAACUUAACAAGCACAGGACCAUUUCCAGGGUUUUAAAUGUUGAUGUUGCUAUCAUGCCAUGGGUGCUUGAUUAUUUUCUCAUACCAGUGUAAAUGAGGAGUAACUGUAUUGAAGUGAGUGGAUUUACAGUGGGCUGACUGAAGGAUCAGGCCCUAUUUGUUUCUAGUUUUGAAUAAGGCUGAAGUACAGGAGCACUUUGUCAGCAUUUUUUUUUCUUUACACUCUGAUGAUAAUUGUGUCAUUUAUCCUGCCAAUAAAGUUUUACUGAAUUGAA